UGAGGCAUGCGCCCUAAAAACACCGGGAUUGAUGUAUUGCAGAGCGCAGAUCUGCAUUUAUUACCUGCUGUGGACAGCGACGCUGAGUCCAAGACUUACCUUGCAACAGGAAACCACUACUGCAAAAAGUUGGGACUGCCCUGCAGAAUGCAUUUGCCUUUCACCGAAACAGGUACUCUGCAAUACAGGUGGGCUAAAAGACAUUCCCACCCAGCAGUUACCCCCAACGGUGGAGGAACUGUCUCUAACGAAGAACAGCUUCCCGAUAAUAAAAGGCGACGCGUUCACCGGUCUGAAAGUCCUACGGAAGCUGACUAUGGAUGAGAAGUUUUCGUUCGCCGCGCUGCAGAACGUGUCGGUGCUGUUGCUGGCGAAUAAUAGGAUCCGUUACAUAGAGGGCUCUUCGUUCGCUGGGACGUCGAACAUACGGGUGAUCCUGUUGAGCAACAAUCCGUUGCUGAGGAUCCACAGCCGCGCGUUCUCGGGUCUCACGAACGUGGAUCGGUUGAUUUUUCCAUCAGGGAUCCGUACCAUCGAGUUGGACACAUUCGACGGUCUUCAGCACGUUGGCUUACUGAAACUAACCUAUAUGGACCUAACCUCCCUUCAGUCGUACACGUUCCGUGGCCUAUCACACGUGCACUCGUUGAACAUUCAAGAAAGCGACUUGGGUAUCGUCGAGAAAGACGCUUUCACAGGCCUUGCCUACGUCGCUAGAUUGAACAUACUGAAUAAUAAAAUCGAUCUGAUCGAAAGACUGUCAUUGAAAGACGAGAGCAACAUCAAACUAUUGAGAUUCCAUGGGAACCACGUGCUCGAGGCGCCACGUCACGCGAGAGACAUAAAUUUGGAAGUUAGCUCGAUCAGCGCGGUCGACAACCACUUUCCAUGCGACUGUCAAGCUCAUAAUGUUCUGGACAGCGACUUCGUGAACGGCACCGCGAUCGAAUUCCAAAAGAGAAAUUACUGUAUCUCGCCGAUCGAGUACAAUGGCAAACCGAUGAACUUCGUGGACUUUGAUCUGAUCGCCAGGUGUCACGAUAAUGUUGUCCAGGACAAUCUAGGCUCCGGUGUUGUCGGGAUCUUCACGCUGCCCACGACCAUGUUCUUCGGUUUUGGUUCUCAAAGUAACUGGGAAUUGGGUCUUUCGGGCACAGAAUAG